AGGGUCAAAAGGGGUAUAACCGGUAAAAACUGAAAUCCCUCGCAGCAGAGAACAGAAAGGAGAUGGCGCCGAUGCCUUCUUCAAAACUCAAUAUCUGAAAUUUAUUUCCUUAUAAAAUCUAAACCUUAUCACAAAGAAAUGGUGCCAUUCCUUCACUCUUUUCUUAUCAAUUCUUUCUCAAGAUUUCGCCUUUGCUCUCUCUGCCCUCCUCUCCCUCAGAACCGAAGAAUAGAUGCUGCCACUUGUAUUGGGAGCAAAGCCCGGCUUCUUUGUUCUGUAGCAAACUUUUCAGAUUUUUUUGAAUGCGAUCAACGCCAUGAUCAUGGUGAAGCGAAAGAGAAAGAUGCUGCACUUCGUCUGGCUCUCACUCAACUUGCUGGUGAAUUUGGUAGAGAGUCUAUGUUGUCUUUGCAACGGUUUUUCAGCUCACGGCAUGCUCCUGUGAUACCUACAGGCUCAUUGAAGCUUGAUCUCGCUCUUGGCAUUGGAGGAUUACCUAAGGGAAGAAUGAUUGAGAUCUAUGGGCGAGAAGCUUCUGGGAAGACAACGCUUGCACUUCAUAUUAUCAAGGAAGCUCAAAAACUGGGUGGAUAUUGUGCAUAUCUUGAUGCUGAGAAUGCAUUGGACGCUUCACUUGUAGAAUCAAUGGGAGUAAACACAGAAGAUCUUCUUAUUUCACCUCCAGAUUCAGCUGAAAGGUUGCUGAGUGUAGUUGACACACUGACCAAGAGUGGGUCUGUCGAUGUGAUUGUGGUUGAUAGUGUAGCUGCUCUUGUCCCCCAACGUGAGCUUGAUACUUCGAUAAUAAGGAUGGAGGACAUGCAAUCAAGAAUAAUUAGCCAAGGACUCCGGAAAAUCCAUUAUUCUUUAUGCCAGUCUAAAACACUUAUUGUAUUUCUUAAUCAGACUAGAUCAAAUUUAAAGUCAGGACAAGGUCUAGUAUGUGUGGGUGAGGACACUUGCGGGGGAAAUGCCUUAAAAUUCUAUUCUGCUGUGCGGUUGAGAAUGGUCAAAACAGGAUUGCUCAAGACUGAGGAUAAGGUAAGUGGCCUUGCAGUGUCUGUGCAAGUGGUGAAAAAUAAAUUGGCGCCUGCUAUGAAAAAAGCUGAUAUUGGGAUACAGUUUGGGAGAGGCUUUUGCUGUGAAUCUGAGAUCUUGGAGUUGGCUUGUGAACAUCAAGUCAUCAUCAAAGAAGGAAGCAACUACCUUAUUGAAGGAGAUGUUAUCAGUGACAAACAUGCAGCUCGUUAUCUUGCUGAAAACUAUGAGGUUCUCCAUAGAAUAGUUACAGCAUUAAGAAGACAAUUGUUUGGAAGGUAGAUAAUUACGAUACCCAUUUGACUGGAUUAACUUAAAGAAGCAGGAAAACUGAACUCAAAGAGGUUGCAAUUUGGCUAUGGACUUGCAUAUACUGGGAAAAUAUCCUUUAUGGAAUUUGAAUUUACAAUGGCACAGCAGUGGCAUCGGAGCUUAUUUGCAAAGAUUGAAGGGUGGCUGCUGGAAUUAGAAGUUCUUGCUGGUUGGAGCACGUGGGAUUACCAGCCUCGAAAGCGUAUUUCCCAGUAGUUGGACACAUUCUUCCCGCAAGUAAGUGUAGCUUUCCCUCAAAAUCUAUUGAGGUUCAAUUCAACGAUAUAUGAAAACUGUAUAUUUACAUUUAAGAAAUUUCUGAAAUUUGGAUUUGGAAAGGAUACAUUUGAUUACAUUUACGUGCAUGAAUAAAUCAAAUAUCUGAACUCAUUGAAGGUGCA